AUGUUUCGCGUUAGCGGAAAAGUGAAGCACACUGGCCUCGACCAUGGACAAUCGAAAUGGAAGGAAGGCGACAUACACAUCUUCAAUGAGAGGGGAGCACCUUUUAUAUUAUUCAAGCCAAAGUUUGGGACGCAAAAGACAUAUCCGCUGAAAAAUAAUGUUAAAAGUUUAUCUGAAGCAAGUACUAAUAGACGAAGAAUUAUAAUCUGCUUGAGGAAUGGUAACAGUAUACACUUGGAUCAAGCGAAUAACCCUGAUAUUGUCAGAGGCAUGUCUGCCUACCUGAAUGAAUUGAAAAUGGAUUCUCAACCUGGCUCUAGUAGGUUUUCUUCCAUGACUCCAGUUAAAACAAUGAUCAGUAAGGGUGAGCCUAAUGGCCAAGUGUUUUCGCCUCAGCAAACUACGUUUACACCUCAUAAACGUCCAAUGUCAUAUAAUUUCUCGCGUUCCGUGCCCCCUAAAACAUCAGACGAACACAAGAAAAACAAAGAAAAUAAAGGAAUUGUCAGGAUUACGUCACCUCGGUCUGAAAGGAAAGCGCUAUCGGAACGAAAGAUAUCAUCUACCACAUCUUCCCACUUCCUUGAAGAUUUUAAUGAGAAACAGAAGCAGCUUGAGGAAAAAACGACCUCUACACCUAAACUGGCUGUUGGUGGAUUUUACAAUAAUCGUGGACAACAGAUGGUAAACUAUGGACGGAAUAAUACAUUUUUAUCACUAAGGAAUAGUCCAGUGAAGUCACGUCGACCACUAGGAUUUCUCUCUGAUCCUUCACACCUCACCAAAAGUCAAAGACUUAGUGAAAACUAUGAAGGAUGGGGCAACAAAAAUAAACUGGUGACAAAUAAAACAUCACAAGUUAGUUUGCAAGGAUUUUCCAAUCUCGGAAAUACAUGUUAUAUGAAUGCCAUUUUACAAUCUUUGUUCGGUUUGGAAACAUUUGCUAACGAUGUCUUAAAUGGUGAUAUCUUCAAAAAAAUGCCCAAAACCAGUCUUUACAGAUGCUUCGCAUAUUUAUUAUCUGUGAGAAGAUCUUCUAAACUGAUGUUGUCCGAUGAAAGAAGUCUUUUAUUAAAACGUGUCAAGUUGGCAAUCUCCUCCAGUGCUGAAAGAUUUUCAGGUUUUCUGCAGCAUCUAAAAUCUGCUGAUCAGGGACAGAUAUAG